AUGACACGACGAUCCAAUGCCAUUUCCGGAUAUGGUAAAAGCCUUCUUCAGCCAUAUCUUCGUCAGCAAAAGCAGCUCUGGGUACCAAGAGACCCUCUCUUUGCGAUGUACAAGAUCAUGUUCCCAAAUGAGGUCGAUAUCCGGAAAAGGAUGUUUCGGCGGAAGAAGGGACAGUUCCUUGUGCCAGGGCCGAAUUAUCAAUGGUGCAUUGACGGCCAUGACAAGCUCAAGGCGUAUGGAUUCGAGAUAUACGCCGCAAUUGACGCUUACUCACGCAACAUCAUCUGGUUCUACGUCGGUCAUUCUGCUUCAACUGGUUUGAGCGUCCUGAAGCAGUAUUUAACAGCGUGUGACGCCUACGGCUUCCGGCCAUGGUAUCUGCAGGCAGACAAAGGCAGCGAAACGCCACUGAUCGCAGCAGCCCAUUGGAACUUUGCUAUGGCCGCAGAUGGGCGCGUGGAGUGGAAUGGACGGGUUUUCCAGCAAGGGAAGCGCCUGAAGGACUCGUACAAGGCAGCCCCAAGUACGAAGAAUGUCAAGAUCGAAAGCUGGUGGGAGCGCAUGCUGCAUGUGUCUUCCCGGCAGUGGGUUGACUACUUUGGGGAGCUCGCCAGGGACGGGGACUUCGACGGUGACAUGCUGGAGGAUCAGAUCGCCAUGUACGCCGUCUUCAAAGACAUACUACGCCAAGAGCUCUUCGACUUUGUGGAGGCGUGGAAUCUUCAUCGAAUCCGCCUUCAGAAGAACCGACCCCACGUGGUCCACGGCCAGCCCUGGAUGAACUACCAUUACCCAGAUCCGGACAAGGCAUGCAACUGGGGCAUCCCUGUUGAUCGCUCUGUCCUCGACGAAAUGCAGCAGCCAUUGGCUGAUAUCGAUAUCAACACAUGUUUGGAGCCAGAUACGAAAGAUUGGUGCCGCAAAAUUCUCGUCGAAAUGGGGUACGACAAUGCAGUCCUUGGGACUCUCCAGGAGCCGGACAAGUUGCGGCCUUUCAAGCGUUUUUACCUUGGCCUCCGAGACAGGAUUAUUCAACACAUCGAAAGCGGCCGGCAGCCCGUACUUGCAUAUCGUAAAGCGCCAACGGGGGGCGUCGCAGAAUACCAAGCGUUAUACCAGCGAGCAAAUCAGGCCCGCCAAGAUGAGCUUGGAGAUGGGGAACCAGCAGAGCAACCACUUGUUGAAUUGGGAUAUGAGGAUGAAGAAGGAAACGACGUGGAGGGAAUAAGUGAUGACGGCGAGGAUAGCGACCGUCCAAAUGGGGAACCCGAGUAGUCAAUCCCUACUCUUCUUAUGUCGAACAACAAAUGUUGCCGGAA